AUGAAGGUCUCGCUAGGCGUCUUCUCCGCCAAGAGACCGUGGACGAGCCCCGCGUUCGUCGCAUCCAGCAGACGAAACUACGGCAAACCAACACAACCACGACAAGCCCUCGGAGCCGGCUCCUCACACGCCGCUCUCUCCGAUACAAGCAGUCUCGAACUCAAGCCUCCUGCGGCACGAGAAUCCGUCCCCGGCUACCCCCUUUCCGUCUUAUCGACCGGGACCCUCCUGAGAUCGCUGCUCGUCACCACCAUCUCGUCGAGCCGCCUUCUCCUCAUCCCGUCCCUCUACACCCUGUCCUUCCUCACCAAAUCAAGCGGGAACUUCCUGCUCGAUGUCGAUCGCAACCCGGUGUUGCAUGCUAUUCUGAAGAAGACAUUCUACGACCAGUUCUGUGCCGGCGAGACGCCUGAGCAGACCAAAGCAUGCGUUGAAGGACUCAAGGCGCUGGGUUUCAAGGGUGUCAUCCUGACCUAUGCCAAGGAGACUGUCUUUGACCACUUGACUCAGUCGGCCCAUGAGACUGGGAAGACGGCUGCUGCUUCGGGCAUUGAUGGCUUUGAUGCCGAGAUCGACUCGUGGAGACUGGGAACUCUGGAAACUGCUGCUCAGGUCGGCGAGGGCGAUGUCCUCGCUAUCAAGUUGACCGGUGCCGGUCGUGAAGUCACAAAAGCGUUCGCCGCCGAUUCGCUUCCCCCGCAGCAGAUGCUAGACGCGUUGGAAGAAAUCGCAACAACGUGCAAGCAACGCGGAAUCAAGAUCAUCGUCGACGCCGAGUCGCAGCACUUCCAGAAGGCCAUCGACAACGUCACGCUCGAGCUCAUGCGCAAGUUCAACCGCGACGGUUACGCCGCCAUCUACAACACCUACCAGGCUUAUCUCAAGAGCACACCAAGCAACGUCACCAACCACCUCGCAGAAGCCAGCAAGGACGGGUUCACCCUGGGCCUCAAGCUCGUGAGGGGAGCGUAUAUCCUGUCCGACGACCGAUCUCGCAUCCACGACACGAAGCAGGAUACCGAUGACGCGUACAACGCCAUUUCCCAGGGCGCGGUGAUGAGGCACAUCGGCGAGUUCGGCGGCGAGGGUCCGGGAUCGAAGCCGUUUCCCUCUGUGGACUUGCUGUUGGCUAGCCAUAACAAGGAGAGUCUGUUUGCCGCGCUGAAGUUGCAUCAGCAGCGUGUCAAGGAGGGAAAGCCGACUGUGCCUAUCGCGUUUGGGCAGCUUCAUGGCAUGUCUGAUCAGGUCAGCUUCUCUCUUCUUCAGGAGAAGAAUGAGGGGUUUGGGGGUCCGGAUGUUUACAAGUGUUCUACUUGGGGAAAUGAUUCCGACGUACCUAUGGUAUACCCAGACGCGGCAGAUGUUUUGACGACCGUCGAGGUUCUUCUCGGACUCUCAAUAGUUGGCGGAAUCGCUGUACUGGCCUUCGUAAUCAUCUUUCUAGUCCAGGCCGACUCGGUCGGUCCUGGUGACGAGGGUUUCAGCCUAUACAAGAAUAGCCGCUUCGAGGAGUGCGCGGCCCGUAAUGUCGACCACAUCAACUGCACCUCCUAUCUAGAACGUAAAAGGCUCCUCCCAUCAGUCGACAAUUUAAGAUAUCAUAACACCACCGUAUUCAGCUUCUUCCCAUGGAACAACAAGGCAGACACACUUUUGUGGUGCGACAUUGUGGGAUGCCUAUCGGACUACCAAGUUGUGCCAGCAAUCCCAGCCCCCGAGGCUACUACCUCCUCGGCCUUGUUCACAUGGCUUGGCUUGACAGAGGUUUGGAUCAUCACGAGCUAUGCGUUCCUCAAAACAUUCGGUUUUGAACCUCACUUGCCACAAGACUGUCACGAAAGGGUGACCUGGAUGUGGGUCGGUACCAUAGGGUCAGUCUUGACGAUGAUAUGGUGGUGGAUUGACGUUUUCAGAAUGAGCGGUUCGCCGCUGGCCGCGUACGGCAUGUCAUAUUUCAACUGGGUCGCGACGUGGAGGGCUGCACAGUCUUUCAACUGCCAUCCCGUGUCCUGCGCCUUCCACCACAGGCCCAUGCUGCGCAACCUUCUGUGGCGCGUUGUGUUCACCGCCGCUGUCGCCCAGCUGGGGGCCACCAUUUACAUCGUGUACCUGUCCCAACGUCGCUUCCCUCAGUCGACAUUCUACCAAUUUCUUGAAGACGAGUACACAAAUACCCCUGGAGGAGCCUCGCCCUGUACAGCCGCCGAAAUCCGCGAUAACCCUUUUCUCUUCAGAUAUUGGACUUUGGGAAACGGAACUACAGACUUUCACGAAUCAGCAGCCGCGGCUUCAUUCACGGUGUUAGGUGUCGUUACGAUAUUUGAAAUGAUCGCGGUAGCCUGGCGCAUGUUCCGCAAGAAACGCUUAGAUCAUGGGUUUUCUGGCAUUGCAAUAUUCGGCGCUUUGUUCAGGGCUUUUGCCCUCGUUGGCUCGUUCUGCCUCUUUGGAUAUCUGGCGAUCCGCUCGAGUAUUUUCUUUCUACAAACCGCCAACGGCGAGGCUCCGUUUGUUAUUGACCAUACAUGCAUGGUCAUUCAUGUGGGAAUGAGUGCCUGGCGACACUUUCUGGAUGUAGAAGUCGAGAACAUGGGAUACAAAGUCGCAAAGGGUCUUCUCAAUGUAGGACUUUGA